GGGAGCAGAGCAGAAAGAGCCAACCUACCUACAUGCUUAUUGUGUAAAUCUUUAAAAAGCAAUUAGCCGCAGCAUCAUCUAAACCUCACCCCCCCCUUGGCUGGGUGAAAUACACAUUUUUUGGGGAAAUAAGUGUUCUCAUUCGGCUCGAAAAAAGGCAUCAUCAUCAUCCUCAACCAUGACUGACAGGAAAGCUGUGAUCAAGAACGCCGACAUGUCCGAGGACAUGCAGCAGGACGCGGUGGACUGUGCCACCCAGGCAAUGGAGAAGUACAACAUAGAGAAGGACAUAGCAGCCUACAUCAAGAAGGAGUUUGAUAAGAAGUAUAACCCCACCUGGCACUGCAUCGUCGGGAGGAACUUCGGCAGCUACGUCACCCACGAGACAAAGCAUUUCAUUUACUUUUACUUGGGCCAGGUGGCCAUCUUGCUCUUCAAGUCUGGCUGAGAAGUUUCUGAUGGGUGCUGAGGAGUUUUGCUCCCUGAACCUAAAUCGGAAAUGCACUGGUGGCUGAUGUCUCCCAUACACUAAUAACGACAUACCAUAAUGAUGCAAACCCGGCCGUGCGCAAUUGCAUGGACUAUACACUAUUUAAUAUGUAUGUUACAGUAAGUUUACUUUUCAAUAGUUGCCAUUUGAAUGCAACUGAAGUAGUUUUUGUUAAUGCUGUUAAAUUCUAGGUUGUAAAAGAUUUCAACGUGGCCCUUGAUUGUAUAAUAAAGGAAAGCUGUAGAAUGUAGUGGUGCAUCUGCUUUCCUUCACAAGUGGCAUUGCCAGACCCUGUUAUGAGACUCCAUCUGUCGGUUUAGAUGGUAAAAUCAUACCACGUGCACCAGUUUAACAAUUCAUUGUCAAGAUUUUAACGUGUGAUCAUGAAAAGAAGUUGAUAUUUCGGGCAAAAUAGUCUUGUCACGUGAUGAGUUAUUUCAUCAAAGGCCGUCCUUUGGUUUCCAGGAGAAUAAACAGCAUGAGUUCAGUUUGCUAUUUUACUAAUUUAAAAGGAAUUAUGUUGUCUGUACAUGCAAAUACGAAACCUUUAAUGUUUUCCAUUUGGAUUUAAAAUAAAAUAUUUGAGAAAAGAUGUCAUAAAACCCAACAAACUUGACAUUUUGGAACCAACACAAGCCAGUGCAUGCAUUUGCAGGGAUGUUCAGUUUGUCACUUUUCACUGUGAGGGAGGAAGGAGCAAAUAAAGCUCACAAACACAGACCUUAAGCCUGUAAUGUCCGAGUAAUAACACGACAGACUGGUUACCAAAAUCUCCCAACUCACCUACUGAGAUUCCAGUUCUAUAAUCCUGUGUUUCUGCAUGUUUGGAGGUUAAUAACCACAAUUUCUUUAACUGUCAUCCGACACAAACAAAAGCUCACCUUGGAGCUGUAUAAUUUAUUUAACUUUUGCGUGUGUAGAUAUUGGACUGAGCUGAUGUAGAGCAGCGCUAGGAAGGUGAUUUAGAUAAAAACAUCCGCAGUCAACUCUACCAAGGCUACCAACACCCCAGUGUUUCAGAUGGUCGUGUCGUCUUGUGUGGCUCGUGAUACUUUCAAGUUGCAUUUAUCCCCAACCUUUAUUUUUGCAUUGCCAGUGUACUGCUAGACACACGGGAAAGACGUUAAGAGUUCUUCUUAAAGCAACUGCAAGGAGGCGUAUCUCUUGUCCAGCACACUGAUUUGGGGUUUUAGUUUUGUCAUGUCAGUAUAAUUAGUUUAAAAGGGUGAUGCAUAAUGUUUGGGUUCUUUAAGAGGGCAGAUUGAAGGGAUUUAGUCCAUGGAGUUGGAUAACACCACACAUUUAUUGGUGUGUGUGACAACAAUGUUUUCAGUUGCUCUCUAACAUUAUCCAACCAUGGGUGAAAUGUGUAUCUCUCAAGUGUUAGCUUGGAUUGACAUCGAGGGAAGUCUUCCUAACUAUUGUCAAUGUAAACUGAUUUAGUAUUGUUUUCCUCUGGCAUGUAUUUUUGCUGUGUAUAUGUAGGAGCCGUUCCAAUGCUGUUAAAUUUGCACAAAACGUGUGCCUGUCAUUGCUCUCAACUGUAACCGGCUUGAGUACAAUUGCACUUCAUUAGAGUUAUCCAGUAGGUUGCUACAGAACCAAAAUCGUAUAAACUCGAUAAAAUAAAAAUUAAUUGUUGACUUAUAA